CUCGGCCUCCAUUGAAGCCGUCGUUCGCGCUUUCUCUUUCUUUCGCAAAUUAUUCGAAUUCCACAGAGCGAUAGAGACAGAUGGAGAGGAUAGUGGGAGGGGAGUACAAAUUAGGUCGUAAAAUUGGGAGCGGAUCGUUCGGUGAAAUUUAUCUGGCGACCCAUGUGGACACCUCUGAAAUCGUCGCAGUGAAGAUUGAGAACCGCAAGACGAAGCAUCCUCAAUUGCUUUUUGAGGCCAAGGUGUAUAAUAAUCUUCAAGGAGGAAGUGGUAUUGCCAAGACUAAAUGGUCUGGAGUUGAUGGAGAUGACAAUGUCCUCAUCCUUGACCUGCUAGGACCAAGUCUUGAAGAUCUCUUUGUUUACUGUGGAAGGAAGUUUUCCCUAAAAACUGUUUUAAUGUUGGCUGAUCAGAUGAUUGCAAAAAUAGAGUAUGUGCACUCUCAAGGUUUUUUGCAUAGAGACAUCAAACCAGAUAACUUCCUCAUGGGUCUUGGCAGGAAAGCAAUUCUGGUGUAUAUUAUUGAUUUUGGACUUGCUAAAAGGUAUCAGGACCCCGCAACAAAUAGGCAUAUUCCCUACAGAGAGAACAAGAACUUAACAGGGACUGCCCGCUAUGCAAGUUGCAAUACUCAUCAGGGAAUUGAACAAAGCCGUCGGGAUGAUUUGGAGUCACUUGGCUAUGUUCUCCUGUACUUUCUAAGAGGAAGUCUUCCUUGGCAGGGUCUAAAGGCUGCCACAAAAAAGCAAAAAUAUGACAGGAUAUGUGAAAAGAAGUUAUCGACUCCUAUUGAGGUCCUGUGCAAGUCACAUCCUGUGGAGUUUGCAUCAUACUUCCGUUAUUGCCACUCUUUGACAUUUGAUCAAACUCCUGAUUAUGGAUUCUUGAAGCGUCUGUUUCGUGACUUGUUUACUCGUGAAGGAUGUGAGUUUGAUUAUGUAUUUGAUUGGACCAUUUCCAAAUACCAGCAAACACAACAAACAAAGAUGCUGUCUCAAUCAUCUCCAGUUCCUGGAGGGAGUAUCAGUCUAGCAAUGCCAGUGGAUGUGGAUAAGCAUAAAGAACUCAAGGAUGCUUCUUAUUCAGCUAAGGGUACAAGGCCUGGAGCUUUAAGUAAGAACAUUCGUCCAGAUGUUCGUAUGCAGUUUAGAUCAACAACUGCAAAUUUUAGUACUGCCAAUCCGAUGAAGCAACAAAUUGUGAGCAAUGCACCAAUGGCAUCUAUUUCAUCUGCUCUGCCAAGAUCCUUCAAAAGUAUAUUUCCAGAACCUGAAAGGCCCACAGAAACUGCAUACCUGGGUCGUGGAAUCGGGAAUGGAACUGGUGCUUCAAGCAGCUGGAUGGCAUCAUUAAAACGAAAUUCUUCAGCCAAGUGACUGCUAUCGAUCUGAAAGGAUAGCACUUAAAGCAUGCACAAUAUUGGCGAAUGUGAUGAAGUUUGGACUUAUUGAGGUCUUCCAAUGCCAGAUCACAUAAUGUUUUUUUUUACGUGAGGGGACUAAAAGUACAAUCAAUCACAUUGGAUUUUGAUAGGACUUGGGGCUUGUCAAAGCUUGGCACUUGGCAGUUGUCAAAGCUUCGGCUUUCUGCAUGCAUAGGAUUUGUUGCUUUCUGUUCUUAUUGCUCUAUCUUUUAUGGAUCAGUUUGAACCCAGGUUUCCCAGGUCCUUCCGAAUUUGAGAAGUGCUAUUAACAUUUCAGAUAUUAUCAGAAAGAUGGGGGGAGAAGUUCUUUGGAACUGUUGAUGUCAGAUGAAGAUGAUUUGUAGGAAUGUGUUGGUCUGAUGGCUCCAAGGUAAAAUCAAUAAUUUGGAGGGCUCAACUAGCAUCAACUCAUUUUUUGUCUUUCUUUUACCUUUGCUAUUUCCAUGCCUUUGGCAUCUACCAACAGAUCCUAAAUCCCUAAAAUAUACCAGAUUUAUACUUGCUCGCAUUCUAGAUCCCGUUGUUGUUGUAUUCAAGCAAAGCCGCAUCAUUGCUUUUGUACUCUUUCCUUUCAUGGCUACUUUUGCACUAUUUGUUAUCGUGUCUUCUCCCAUCAUCAUCAUCAUUAUAUUGUAUCGAGACCUUGGUGCCCUUGCCUGAGUUUACUACGAGUUCACAAGCUAGCUAGCUGGCCCAUCUUUUGUUUUCAAUCACAGAUUGAUUGUUACAUACACCCAUGGAAAAUAACGUCUGUAGAUUUUGAAAGUGAUUGCAGUACCGUUUCAACUAUCAUCAACGGUUACAUGUUACAUAAAAAUGCUUAAAUAAUACCAUACCACAACAGGAAACCCCCUGGAGUCAUUGUAAAUGGACAAGUCUUUGUCACUUGGCCAGAGAAAACAAAUCAGGCUUGUGCAUAUGCAGACACGUGUUGAUAUAACAAUUUGAAGUGUGAUAUUGUUAUGAUAAUACAUUAUGUUGA